CAGGUACCAGGGAGUCGGGAGUUGGCCUGCCAACCGCGGUCCCCGCCGCUCCUCCGCGCGGAGAUGAAGUACAUUGUGGGCAUCGGAGGCCACUUCUGCUGACCCCAGGCAGGGGCCUUGCCUUCCCGGAGAUUUAUUACCAGUAACCAGGCCUUUUUAAGAUGAUGCCUUGGAAGCAUUUCGCAUAAGCAGGGCUGGCUUGGAGCUCCCACCUAGGAGGUUGCCCUGGGUCCUCCCCCUCUUGGUUUGAUGCUCCAUCACCCUCUUGAAAUCCCUAAUAGAGUGAGACCAGGGCCCUCCAUUUCUGCACGUUCUGUAGCCGGCCCUGAGGGCACGGUGUAUCUUUCAGCAACAAGUCAAAUUAACAUCAGCAUGACCAACGGCGGCAAGACCACACUGACCAACAGCCUCCUUAAGUCACUGCCCAACUGCUGUGUGAUCCACCAGGAUGACUUCUUCAAGCCCCAAGACCAAAUAGCAGUUGGGGAGGACGGCUUCAAACAGUGGGACGUGCUGGAGUCCCUGGACAUGGAGGCCAUGCUGAGCACCGUGCAGGCCUGGAUGAGCAGCCCCCGGAAGUUCGCCCGUGCCCACGGGGUCAGUGUCCAGCUGGACGCCUCAGACACCCACAUCCUCAUCCUGGAAGGCUUCCUCCUCUACAGCUACAAGCCCCUGGUGGACUUGUAUAGCCGACGGUACUUCCUGACCGUCCCGUACGAAGAGUGCAAGUGGAGGAGAAGUACUCGACGCUACAUGGUCCCCGACCCCCCCGGCCUCUUCGACGGCCACGUGUGGCCUAUGUACCAGAAGUAUAAGCGGGAGAUGGAGGCCAAUGGCGUGGAAGUGGUGUACCUGGACGGCACGAAGUCCCGCGAGGAGCUCUUCCACCAAGUCCUGGAAGACAUUCAGAACUCGCUUCUGAACCGCUCCUAGGUGUGGCUGGAGAGGAGGGGCCCAGCCCCCAAUGCAGGGACCCAGACACAAUUCCGGCCACAGUACGGCCAGGCUGGCGGCAUCCCAGCCAGACACUGCGUGACCAUUUCCCUUUGGGGAAGUCUGUACAUAUGAGAGUGGAGGCCCCACUCACAGCCCAGCAUCUCAGGGCCCGGGCAUUCUGUCCUGAGAUGCUUCUGUAACCUCGAUGGCGGCUUACAUAUUAAACCUGAUCCUGUUUUUUAA